CUUGCUUAGAUUAGGCAGUAAAUCUGUUUUGUGAUAUUGGAAGGCUCAGCAUGGCUGCAAGAUACUUCAAGGAAAUUGCUGAAUUGUAUGAGUCCGAACACAACAUUGAGCAGGGUAUUGUUUACUUUGAAAAGUCAGCUGACUUCUUCCAAAAUGAAGAAUUAACAACUUCUGCCAAUGAGUGCAAGCAGAAAGUCGCACAAUUUGCUGCUGAACUAGAACAAUAUCCGAAUUCGAUUGAGAUUUAUGAACAGAUAGCACGACAGUCAAUGAAUAAUAACUUGCUGAAGUAUGGAGUUAAAGGACACCUUCUUAAUGCUGGCAUUUGCCAACUCUGCAAAGGUGAUGUUGUGGCAAUUAGCAACGCAUUAGAGCAAUAUCAGGAACUGGAUCCAACUUUUUCUGGAACACGUGAAUACAGAUUCUUAGCAGUGAGUUUCAAACUUUUUAUUAUAUUAAUUUUGUAA